GGGGCCGGCGCUGCGGCGAGAGCAGCAGGGAAGGAGGCGUGCGGCGCCCGCCCCCGCCCGCGGUGCCCGGAGCCGAAGGUGCAACGAGGCGCUCCCCCAGCCCUAUUCCCGGUGUCCCAGUCCAGCACCGAUCCCGCGAGGCGGCCCUUCCCUGCGCAGCGGUGGCAGCGGCGGGCGGGAUGACGGCGGAGGAGAUGAAAGCAGACGGGGCUCCCUUGGAAGGGACAGACAUCACCCCCAAGCAGGAUGAGGGCGUCCUCAAGGUUGUCAAGAGAGAAGGCAGCGGGACAGAGUCUCCAAUGAUAGGUGAUAAAGUGACUGUCCAUUACACAGGAUGGCUUCUUGAUGGCACAAAAUUUGACUCCAGUCUGGACAGAAGAGAUAAAUUUUCAUUUGACUUGGGAAAAGGUGAGGUGAUCAAAGCAUGGGACAUUGCUGUGGCGACCAUGAAGAUUGGUGAAAUCUGUCGGAUUACAUGUAAACCAGAAUAUGCCUAUGGCUCAGCUGGGAGCCCCCCAAAGAUACCUCCCAAUGCUACACUGAUUUUUGAGAUAGAACUUUUUGAGUAAGGGGAGGACCUCACUGAUGAAGAAGAUGGUGGCAUCAUCCGGAGAAUCCGUAAAAAAGGGGAGGGCUACUCCAAGCCCAAUGAGGAUGCACUUGUAGAAAUCCAGUUUGAAGGCCGAUAUGGAGAUCGUGUUUUUGACAAGCGGGAAUUGCGGUUUGAGAUCGGGGAAGGUGAAAACUUUGAUCUUCCUCAUGGUCUGGAGAAAGCAAUUCAAAAAAUGGAGAAAUCGGAGGAAUCUGUGUUCUAUCUCAAACCCAGCUAUGGUUUUGGAAGCACUGGGAAUGAGAAGUUUCAGAUCCCUCCAGAUGCAGAGCUGCAGUAUGAAGUGAAACUCAAAAGCUUUGAAAAGGCUAAGGAGUCUUGGGAAAUGAACACGGAUGAGAAGCUGGAACAAAGCUCCAUUGUGAAGGAGAGAGGCACUCAAUACUUCAAGGAGGGAAAAUACAAACGGGCAGCGUUACAGUAUAAGAAGAUUGUGUCGUGGCUGGAGCAUGAAUCAGGACUCUCCGAUGAGGAGGAAUCAAAAGCCAAAAGCUUGAGGCUGGCUGCCCAUCUUAAUCUAGCUAUGUGCCAUCUCAAGCUAAAGGAAUACUCACAGGCUUUGGAAAACUGCAACAAGGCACUCGAAUUGGAUAGCAACAAUGAAAAAGGCCUCUUCCGGCGUGGAGAAGCGCAUUUGGCUGUCAAUGACUUUGAGCUGGCCCGAGGAGAUUUCCAGAAAGUCAUACAACUUUAUCCAAGUAACAAAGCUGCCAAAGUGCAGCUGGUAACUUGUCAGCAGAAAAUACGGGAGCAGCAUGAGAAGGAGAAAAAGAUGUACGCCAACAUGUUCCAAAGGCUUGCAGACAAAGACUUAAAGUCAGCUGCUACUCUUCAGACCAGCCACACUGAAGAUGCAGAAAUGAAAGAUGAGCAGAAUGGAGUUGAAGAUAAACCAGAAGUUGAAGCAGAAGCAUAAAAACAAACCCUAUUCCAUUAGUUUUGUAAAUGAAAGAAUUUCCAGUGAAUUAGACCUUUAUUUUUCUACCUGUUUGGAUAGUGGCUUCAAGGGAGCAGAGGCUGAAGCCAUCAUGCCACAGUCAGUUACAGCUUUAUGUGGCUGUUCAAGAAGCUGUGUGGCAGCAUAAAUCCGGUUUAAUCCUAAUGACUUUAUUUAUUCAUUCAGCCUCUGUUACUGUUUGGGUUCUGUCUGGAUUUACUCUGCUUGGUUUAUUUGCAUUUUCAUAGAAUCAUAGAAUGGCUUGAGUUGGAAGGGACCUCAAAGAUCAUCUAGUUCCAAGCCCCCUGCCAUGGGGCAGGGACACCUUCCACUAGACCAGGUUGCUCAGAGCUCCAUCCAACCUGGCCUUGAACAUUUCCAGGGAUGAGUCAUCCACAACUUCUCUGGGCAACCUGUUCCAGUGCCUCACUGCCCUCACAGUAAAGAAUUUCUUCCUAAUAUCUACUCUAAACCUACCCUCUUUCAGUUUAAAGCCAUUCUCCCUUGUGUUGUCACUACUUGCCCUUGUAAAUAGUCUCUCCAUGUUUCUUGUAGGCUCCCUUCAGGUACUGGAAGGCCACAAUUUGGUCACACUGAAGCCUUCUCUUUUCCAAGCUGAACAAUCCCAAUUCUCUCAGCCUUUUCUUGUAAGGAGAGGUGCUCCAUCCCUCUAAUUGGUGGCCUCCUCUGAAUUCAUUCCAACAGGUUGAUGUCCUUCCUUUGCUGAGGACUCCAGAGGUAGAUGCAGUGCUCCAGAUGGGGUCUUACCAGAGCAGAGCAGAGGGGCAGAAUCACCUCCCUCAACCUGCUGGCCAUGCUACUUUUGAUGCAGCCCAGGGUACAAUUGGCUUUCUGGGCUGCCAGUGCACAUUGCCAGGUCAUAUCCAGCUUCCCAUCCUCCAGCACUCCCGAGUCCUUCUCAGCAGGGCUGCUCUUGAUCUGUUUAUGCCCAGCCUAUAUUGAUAUCAGAGCUUGCCUCAACCCAUGUGCAGCAACUCGUACUUGGCCUUGUUAAACCUUGUGAGAUUCCCGUGGGCCCACUUCCCGAGCUUGUCCAGGUCCUUCUGGAUAGUAUCCCAUCUUUCAGGUGUGUCAAGUGCAUCAUUCAGCUUAGUGUCAUCUAUGAAUUUGCUGAGGGUGCACUCAAACCCUUCAUUUGUGUCAUUUGUGAAGUUACUAAAUAACACUGGUCCUGGUAUGGACCCCUGAGGGACACAAGUUGUCACUGAUGUCCAUCGGGACUCUGACCCAUUGUCCACUACCCUCUGGAUGUGACCAUCCAACCAAUUUCUUAUCCAUCUAACAGUCCCACCCAUUGAAUGCAUCUCUCCAAUUUAGAGAGAAGGAUGAUGUGGGGGACUGUGUCAAAGGCUUUACAGAAAUCCAGAUGAGUGACAUCUGUGGCCCUUCCUUUGUCCACUGAUGUAGUCACUCCAUCACAGAAGGCCACUAGGUUUAUCAGGCAGGACUGGUCCUUGGUGAAGCUGUGCUGGCUGUCUUGAAUCACCCCCCUGUUUUCCAUGUGCCUUAGCAUAGCAUCUAGGAGGAUCUGUUCCAUGAUCUUCCCAGGCACAGAGCUGAGGCUGACAGGUCGGUAGUUCCCAUUUUGUCAUUGAUGUUUGUUUCUUUCUGGUUCCAGCUUACUUGAAUCCCAGGUUCUGCUUUCUACAUUUAUUUCCUUGAUUUCUUUCAAGUAAUCAGCUUUUUCCAGGAGUCCUCACAUGAGACUUCAGAACAAAUUGGCACUCCCAGUUCUGCCCUAGGGUUGCCCUCUUUCCCCAUGUUCAGUAGGGAGUCCCUUCCAUUAAAUAUUGUAACUUUUCUUGUAUGCCUCCUCUUUGCAAAUUGCUGAAGGUGAAGACUGAAGUCACAGCUUAAGUAAUAAAGCUCCAAUUAAACUCAAGAAAACUGAACUUUUUGUGGGUUUUUACUGGAAUUUGCACAGAAUUGAGAGAAUUUACUGCCCUUUGCUCAUUCAGUGUUUUCUCAUCCACAUAGCCACAGUGUCUUGAUUAUUUUUCUAUGUUGUUUGUUCAUUACCAUAGAAAAUUCCUACAAUAUUUGAUGAAAUAUUUACCCAUAUAUUUGCAAGAGGAAAAAAUAUGUUGCUGAAAACUGUUCAAAAAGCAAGUCUGUAACCUAUGCAUAGAGCUUAUUAUCUGUUCAUAUUGCUACCUUCCUCUUUGCCCCCCACGUUGUAAAACUGGACCAGAGGAAAAACCCUACAAUAUUUAUACCUGAAAGUGACUGGCUGUGAAGAGAAAGUUAAGUGAUAAUGGUUUACGUAUUACAAAUACUUCUAAAUCCUAAUGAACUAUAAACUCCUGAGUGAUUUUACUAUCUGCUUAUCCCCAUCUCACAAGAAAGCAAUUACUUGGUAUUCUUCUUCUUUCUGCAGUUUGUGUGUCUUGUUUGGGGGUGGGUGUGCUUUUGGGUUUUGUGGGGGCUUUUUGCUGGGGUGGGUUUUUUGUUUGUCUGCAGGCAUGGAACAUAGUACUCAAACUCAGCUGUUCUGUUUAUCCUGUCGUGUAGUGUUAAACUCAGCAUCUCCAGUGUCCUGUUUUAAGACCAUUUUAGCUGCAGGGGCACUUCUUGCCUCCUCGGCAGAAGGAAGGUAGAUAAUCCGUUCUUCUCAGAUAAAAAAAAAUGGUUGUGUUUUGUUUUGUUUUGGUUUUUUUUUUAAUGGUGAGAAAGAUUUGCAUGGCAUGCAAUGGGCUGGAAUUGUGUAUAUAUUGCAGAGAGUAUCUCUGUUUUAACAUGAAUUAUGUUGGAAAUCUUAAUUUGAAUUCCCAGUCUCCUUUCCUGAGACAGAAAUACUGUAUAAGUGCUUACUUAUGGGGUUCUUUGGGGCUGGGAUAUUGAGCUCAGAAACGGCAGCUGUAAAACUGCACUGUCACAAAAAUGGCAAGAGCUGCUUGACACAUUGUACUGGGUCCAAGAUGAUAAAUUCACCACCUGCUGCUCGGCUGUCUGGCUUAGGGAGCUUUGAGCUGCCCUGCUCUGCACAGUAUAGCAGUGCCCUAAGCUUCAGUGGUGUGGGGGUGGGAUAGGAGAAGAGGCAGGAUAGAGUGUUUGGUAGAUCAUGUUUAAGGAAAUGCUGAUUUGAUUUGCCUAAUAAAAUCUUAGUGCUGCCAGGUAAUACAGGUGUUUUUCAUGAGUUCUAACUUGAUAGCAACAUGUGUAUGUGGAAAAACUUGUACCAAAGCAUUAUUGCCUCUUGUGGGAAACAACACAGUGUGGGUGUCGACUGGAGUUACAACAAGGGCUUAAUAGACAUGGAAAAGUGUGAAAGGGGGCAGGAAUGCUAAGCAAGAGUACUUUCUCUCCAGCAAGUAAAUACCUUGAUUUGUUGGUAAUUAUUACUGGAAAUAACAGCCUCUGACGGAAACUGUUGCUGCUGUUAAAAUAACCAUAGCACCAAGUCCUAAUGAUAAGCUGUUGAACAGCAGUUUUCUAAAGUCUCCCACAGGCACGACAGUUCUACUACAUGUUUGUGAAAGCAAAAAAGUGAGAUGAUUUCUGUAGCACAUCUAAAAAAUUCUAGAGUCAAUGGUGGAUAUGUUAAGUGUGAGCCGUCUUAAAAGUACUGCUUUGCCCUCAUUGUUACUACAUAACGAACUAUGAAAUGUUUAAGAAUGUAACCUACUAAGGACACUAAACAUGCUUUACUCAGGCAGCUGAAAGGAUGUUCCGUGCUGUCGUUAGAAAUGGGUCUAGUUGCCAGCAGAAGGCGGCAUACUAGUGUUUUAUCAGUGAGGUCAUGCAUGUAAACUUCAAAUAUAAACUAUUCGUUAUGUAUGUCCUUAUAGAGAAAAAAAAAUGCUUAAAAUAAAGAAUUACGAUACUGACUUUGUAAACCACA